UGCCCAAACUUCUAGCCAAGUUAAGAGAGAAGACGAGACAAGACGCGACAUGUUCAAGCCAACUAUCUGCCUGUUCGUGCUGGCGGUGGCCAGUGGUGCUGUUAGUGGUGCCAGCAUUGGUGGCAAGCUAAUCAACGAUGUGACCACCGAGAAGCGUGAGAUUAUUCCCCUGCUCAGCUUUGAGGUGGACAAGAAGCCCGACGGCUCGUUCCAUUUCCAAUACGAGGGCGGCGAUAGGAGCUACCGCGAAGAGACCGGCUCGGUGAGCAAUGCCGGCACCGAUGAGGAGGCCAUCGAGGUGCAGGGCUCCUAUCGUUACAUCGAUGCCGAUGGCCAGGAAGUGGUGGUCCACUACACCGCCGGCAAGAAUGGCUACGUGCCCAUUGGCACCAACAUUCCCGCUGAGAUCUCGAAUCUGGCCAAGGCCGCCGCCAACCUGCCCGAAUACACCGAGGAGCAGCAACGUGCCGAUCGCUACAAUCAGCGUCGCGCUCGCUCCAAGUCUGAGGAGCAGCAGCCCGUCGAGGCAGCUAAGACUCUUGUGGCCGCUGAGCCCGUCCAAGCAGUGGCUCCAGUACCCGCUGAGUCCGUCCAAGCAGAGACAGUUGUUGCUGAUGACGUCGCCCAGACAAAGACAGUCGUGGCCGCUGAGCCCGUUCCAGCUGAAGCAUCAGCAGUCGUCGCCGCAGAGUCCGUCCAAGCAGAGACAGCUGUACCCGCUGAAGCCGCCAAGACAAAGACAGUCGUGGCCGCUGAGCCCGUCCAAGCAGAGACUGUUGGGGCCGCCGAGUCCGUCAACACGGAGACUGUUGUACCCGCUGAGUCCGUCAAGACGAAGAGACUCGUGGCCGUUGACCCCGUUCCAGUAGAAGCAGAAGCAGUCGUCGCCGCAGAGUCCGUCAAGACGGAGACUGUCGUGCCAGCAGAGCCCGUCCAGACGAAAACACUCGUGGCCACAGAGCCCGUUGUUGCCGCUGAAUCCGUCAAGACAGAGACUGUUGUACCUGCCGACUCCAAGACAAAGACACUCGUGGCCACGGAGCCCGUUGUAGCCGCCGAGUCCGUCAAUACGGAGACUGUCGUGCCAGCUGAGCCCGUUCAGGCAGUGAAGACUCUUGAGCAAGUCAACACAGCUGAGCCCGCUGUCGCGGCCUCUGAGCUUGUGCCCGUAAAGGUGGUGAGCAGCCUGGUAUAAUAAAUGAGACUUAAUACGAUUCUAUGUUAGUAUUUUAAUUUUCUAUAUUUGUAAACUGAUUAGCAAUAAAAAAACAACAACGAAAUAAGUGAAAAUG